AUGCGGUCACCUCUCCUCUACAACGCCUUCCUCGUGCUCUCCCUCUCGGCCCUGGGCUCUGCAGCACCCGCUGCCUCGACAAGAUUACAUCCAGAUCUCGUCCCCCGGAAGAUCAACAUCAACAUCAACAUCACGCCCGAGCAGAUCGCCGCCAUCGCGCCCAAGUCCACAUCCUGCGCAAACCCCCCGGCACCAGGCGAGUGCGCGACAGCCGCGCAGGCCGCGCCACACAUCGCCCGCUCCUUCGAGACAUACCAGGUGACGUCGGCCGCGGAGCAGGCGGCCGUGAUUGCGCUGAUGGCGUUUGAGAGCGGCGAGUUUGCGUAUAACCGGAAUCAUUUUCCCGGUGUACCUGGGCAGGGGACCCGAAAUAUGCAAUCCCCCGCCUUCAACGCCAAAUACGCCGCUGCGCUGCCCGAGCUUGCCGAGCCGCUGGCCCAGGCCGCGGGCGACCCCGCGCGCGUCCUCGACCUGCUGCUCGCGAACGAGGAGUACGACUUUGGCUCCGGGGCGUGGUUUCUCGCCACGCAGUGUGCGCGCGACGUGCGCGCGGAGCUGCAGGCCGGGUCGGAGGCCGGGUGGCAGAGGUAUAUCACGGGUUGUGUGGGGACGGAAGCGAAUGCGGAGCGCAGGGCGUACUGGGCGCGAGCGGUGCAGGUGCUGGGGGUGUAG